CUGAAGCAGGUGUACAUCUACAUAUAGAAACUACUGAGGACGUCUGUCUGCUGGGAAAGAGACAGCCUUACAGCACAGUCUGAAAUGAGAAACAUCACACGUCUGUUUGGGGCGACCCAACCUCAAUGGGUCUCCUGGCUGUGGCUCUUGUUUUCGAUGCUCUUUUGGACCUGUUUAAAAGCACAGCAGUUAAAAAACACUAGAUGGCCGCUGUAUUCCGGCAAGCCUUUGCUUUUGGCCUGGAACGCCCCUACAGAAGACUGUAGACCUCGACAUGACGUCACCUUCCAGUUGGAUCAAUUCCAAAUAGUGGCGUCACCAAACGAGGGCUUCACCAAGCAAAAUCUCACCAUCUUCUAUCAGGACCGUUUGGGUUUGUACCCAUAUUUUGAGCCAGACGGCACUCCAGUCAACGGCGGCCUACCGCAAAUCGCCAGUCUCACACAACACCUAGAACGGAUGCCGGAAGGGCUCAAGAAGUACAUCAAGGACCCGACAGUGAAAGGCCUCGCUGUGAUCGACUGGGAGGAGUGGCGGCCACUCUGGAUACGUAAUUGGGGCCCUAAAGACAUUUACCGUGAUCGUUCGCGACGGUUAGUCGCUGAGAAAAACCCAACUUCGCCUCAAGAUCAGGUGGCCAAAGUGGCCCAGUCUCUCUCGGCUCUGUUCAGUAGAAACGCUUCUUCAUCCCCAGCGGAGAAAUCCGGACUAAACCAACUCGCCAUGUAG